AUGGAGUCUGAAAUAAACUGCUCUGAAUUUUGCGACAGUUUUCCUGGCCAGGAACUGGAUCGGAGACCCAUCCAUGAUCUCUGCAGGACAACAGUUACCUCUUCCCAGCCCAGUGGUCCAAGCAUAUCAUUAUCUCCUGCCCUCCUGGCUAUUGUGUGGACUCUCCUCAGCUGUGGAUUGCUUCUGAUACUCUUCUUUUUUGUCUUCACAAUUCGCUGCAGGAGAAACCGGAUUGUGAAGAUGUCCAGCCCUAAUCUGAACGUGGUAACCUUACUUGGCAGUUGUCUGACUUACAGUAGCGCUUACCUUUUUGGGAUUCAAGAUGUCUUAAUGGGGAGCUCAAUGGAAACUCUCAUUCAGGUGAGGCUGUCCCUGCUGUGCAUUGGGACCUCCCUGGUGUUUGGCCCCCUUCUGGGGAAGAGCUGGAGACUCUACAAGGUGUUUACCCAGCGGGUCCCAGACAAGAGAGUGAUUAUUAAAGACCUACAGCUGCUAGGUUUGGUGGCUGCUUUGGUGAUGGCUGAUGUGAUCCUGCUUGUGACAUGGGUGCUGACUGACCCCAUCCGGUGCCUCCAGCUCCUCGGGGUCAGCAUGACGGUAACAGGGAGAGAGGUGUCCUGCUCUCUGACCAACACACACUUCUGUGCUUCACGCUACUCCGAUGUCUGGAUUGCUCUUGUUUUGGGAUGCAAGGGGCUGCUGCUGCUGUAUGGUGCCUAUCUAGCUGGCCUGACUGACCACGUCAGCUCUCCUCCUGUGAACCAGUCUUUGACCAUCAUGGUUGGGGUCAACCUCCUGGUGGUCACAGCCGGGCUGCUUUUCGUGGUCACCAGAUACUUGCACUCCUGGCCCAACCUGGUGUUUGGACUCACAUCGGGAAGCAUCUUCAUUUGCACCACCACGGUGAACUGCUGCAUCUUCAUCCCCCAGCUGAAGCAAUGGAAGGCAUUUGAAGGAGAAAACCAAACAAUCAGACACAUGGCUAAAUAUUUCAGCACUCCCAACAAAGCCUUCCAUACCCAGCUUGGAGAGGAACAGGGCUGCCAGCCGAGGGACCAGAAGAGCUCCAUGGAGAGACUCCUCACAGAAAAAAAUGCUGUGAUUGAAAGCUUGCAGGAACAAGUAAACAACGCUAAAGAGAAGCUAGUGAGACUGAUGGAUGCUGAGUACACCUAUGAAGCCCCAGAGCUGGCUGCCUCGGUCCCAGCUGCAGCCUCUGCCCGUGAGCUGGCAGCUCAGGGGCCUUCAGGAUGCCCCUCUGCUUCUCAGAGUGAUGCCCUCCCGGCUGCUGCAGACUCCCUGUGUAGCUCAGGCUCCUCCCCACAAGUGCAAAGCCCUAGAGCACCUGACCAGAAUGCUAGCCCCUUCCCAGGCCAGGAGAAGACAUCUGACUUCAAAAACUUUACCGACCAUUUACAUUCAGGUUGUAGCCAGAAGCUACAGGUGGAGCAAAGCCAGGGUCCACAAAGAGGAGACCAGGGACCCAAAGCCUCCCAUCAGAGCUGCGUGCCAGAUGGAGGGGCCUGUGAUCCCCAGAGACAGACCACAGAGGAGCCCUCUGGGGUACUACCUAGGGUCAGUUCAGUGGUCAGAGAGAAGCUGCGCGAAGUUUUACAGGAGCUGAACCUGGACCCUGAGGGUCCCCUCCCCACAUCCCCAUCCUGCCCUCAGAAGCCCUGGAAGAGCAGUGCUGCCCGCAGCCCCCAGAAGCUGCUCCUGUCUAGGGAGCUGGGCUUCAGUCCAUAUGUGGUGCGGCGGAGGCGUGCGGCCCAGCGUGCUGGCUCCUAUCUCCCUGGCUCCGUACCCUCCCACGGGAGGCAUCGGGCAGGCAGGACUGCAGGUGGGGCACACAAGGGGCUGAAUGUCAAGAAUGAGGAGAGCCCUCAGCAGACCCUCCAAACUGCAGAUACCAAGUUACCAAGGCCCUCUUCCAAGAAGCCUUCACCACUCCCAGAUUCUCCAGGGAAGCCUAGUACACUGGAGGGUGUCAAACGAUGCCAGACUGAAUCUCCAGAGGGAAUGGGACACCACGCAGCCUUUCUUCACCAGCCCUCUGUUUCUACCCAGGCACAAAGACCCUCUGUCCCAUGCUUGUCCCAUUCAUCAGAUCUACCUGGAUGGCAGCAGCUUCAGCUCCCCGGGUCAUCCAUCUGGCCCUCCUUGUCUGCUCAUUGCAACUACCUAGACACGGAGUCCAGCAGCUCUGACGAGUUCUUCUGCCGCUGCCACCGGCCUUACUGUGAAAUCUGUUUCCAGAGCUCCUCUGACUCCAGUGACAGUGACACAUCAGACACUGACCCUGAGCUUGCCAGGGGGCUGGCCUCCUGGGAAAAGCUGUGGGCCCACUCCAAGCCCAUUGUGAACUUCAAGGAUGACUUGAAACCCACACUGGUGUGA